UCUGUCUCUCUCUCUCCCUCUCUCUCUCUCAUUCUCUCUGUCUGUCUGUCUGUCUCUCUCUCUGUUCUCUCUCUCUCUCUUUCUUGUUCUCUCACACACACACGCGUGCGUGUGUGUUCUGUCAUCGCGUUUCCAGGUUAUGGACGUCUAAAAGAUCAGAAAACACCAGCUGUCCAUCUAUAUUUCCUGCGGUUCUGUUUAAAUUCACUGGAACAGAUGAUCACUCAUCAUCACGGCUCGGCUUACAGGAAGUCUCUCAGCCCUGGUCUGUCGUUUCAUCACUCUCCUCUUAAUUGUGGCACAGGCAAAAGCUUAAACAGAAUACGCAUCGUAAUGGGGAAGCAGAACAGCAAGCUCCGUCCCGAAGUGAUCCAGGACCUGCUGGACAGCACAGAUUUCACAGAGGAAGAGAUUCAGGAGUGGUAUAAGGGCUUCCUGCGGGACUGUCCCAGCGGCGCUCUCACCAUGGAAGAGUUCAAGAAGAUCUACGGCAACUUCUUCCCGUACGGAGACGCCUCCAAAUUUGCAGAGCACGUCUUCCGAACCUUCGACGCCAACGGGGACGGAACGAUAGACUUCCGAGAGUUCAUCAUCGCGCUGAGCAUCACGUCGCGUGGCCAGCUGGAUCAGAAACUCAAGUGGGCUUUCAGCAUGUACGACCUGGACGGCAACGGCUACAUCAGCAAGGCUGAGAUGCUGGAGAUCGUACAGGCGAUAUAUAGGAUGGUGUCGUCGGUAAUGAAGAUGCCGGAGGACGAAUCCACACCUGAGAAGCGAACAGAGAAAAUCUUCCGCCAGAUGGACACAAACCGUGAUGGUAAACUGUCUCUGGAGGAAUUCGUGGAAGGAGCAAAGAACGACCCGUCUAUCGUGCGGCUCUUGCAGUGCGACCCAAGCAGUGUCGGACAGUAAAACAUGCGCCCCCUGCUGCACCGUGUUCAACACUGCAGCACUCUUCUUCUCCUUUUAAACUAAACACACAGAUUUACACAAAGCUCAGCAUGAGAGAGGGAAAUGCCCACUGACCAGGAGCUGUGUGCUUAGAAAAGCACUUAUACACACACACAUAAAAAUAUAUACAGUACAUAUAUAUAUCCACGCACAUACACACACACAUGGACUCACGUGGACUUGUGUAAAUCCCUCUGUUCGGUGCAUACGCGCUGAUACAGGAAACAGCACCUUCAUACAUGAAGUGCCGGAGUGAAAUGUAUAUGUUGUGUAAUAUAGAUACGGAGUUAUGGAAUUAUGGUGGUACAGACCGAUCCAGAAUUGAACUAGUCAUGAUGAAGUGACAUCAAAUGUCACGAUGUGAAAUAUGAAGGGACGUGUAUUAACGUGUUUGUGUUCUGUAAAAACGUGUGAUCUUAAAGAGGAACUGCUUUAUGAGACGAGGUCUGAUCAAAAAAUUCCUUUUCCACAAACACUCUGCGUGUCGUUGUUACUGUUAUAUAGAAGGCGAGGGACGCCUCGAGCGAUGGCACACUUAGCUAAUCUAGCCGAUUCACUAACAUUAGCCAUUAACAUUAGCCUUACCGCUUUAGCAGUAUUUAUUAAGAUCUUAUUAAGCAUCAUAAAGGUAUGUUUCAUUACACUGAAGCUGAUUAUUUAUCUAUGACAAUGUUUCCCGGAGUGUUUUGAGUGUUUUAUUCCUCUGCCACCACAGCAAUUUGACUCCGAAUACAUGAAUCUUUAAUUUGCUAACAAUUAAAAAGUCAGUACUUUUUACUGUUAAAAAAAGCUUCACUGGAGACUGCUUCUAUAAACCUAAAAAGACCACAUUACAGAAAACUUGGCAAGCUUUUACUAUAGAACUGAUAACCUGCCAUGAUAGCAUUGAUCAGCGUGUUUGCUAACUACCAGGCUAGUUCGAACCCGGGACGUGAAUCUGAGUGCUACACUCUCAGGACCUUUCUACUUUUAUUCUAUUUCACGUUUGGCCCUUUACAGAGUCUUUGAUCCAGGUUGAAAUAAAUAUAUGUAACGACGAUACGUUUGUCUUGUUUUGGAAUAAGGUUAGCCUAGCAUGUGAACAAGUCUUCUAAUAAUGUUUCUGGUACGCUAUGCUAAACAUAAUAUAUUAUACUGUGUAUUAUACAGCCUUGUUUUCUCAAUCAGACCUUGUUUUGUCAUCUUUAACACCAUUGUGAGUGCGUGAUGUGAGAUUUCUCGGUACAACUAGGAAGUCGAUGUGACAGUCUGCAGGUUAAGUACUGUAUGUUUCAUGCUUCUAUAUCUACGUCACUUAAUUACCAUUAAUGAGCUGCAGGCGUGUUCUGGCAUAAGUUUUUUUUUCUUUCUCUUAUACAAUGCCAUGUAGCAAAAAGCAAGCUUCACUUUUCCUCUAGCAUCACUAAGAUUAUUACCUAGCUACAAUUAUGGUUACAAUUAAGCUUACGAUUAAGCUACAAUUAAACAUGCGAUCCUGCGACCUAUCAUAUAACCAACCGCCGUAUAGGCACACGCCUGCUUAGCUUAGCAUCAAAUUCAUCAAAAUUGAUGUUCAGAAUCCAACCGUGAACAUGUACAUUAAAGUAAUAGAAAGAAAAAAAUAUAUUUAUAUUUAAAAGCAGGAAAUAUUUAUUCUUUUUAUUUGUACUGCUGGCGCCCUUGUCGCACUACGAUAUUUGUUAAAUUGACCGUUAUUUUUUUGUUUGUUUGUUUAUUGGAUGUGAAUUAUGUAUCAGAUGUUGUUUACUGUCCACUGUAAUUAAUGUGAGACUUCAUUCAGUAUGAAGAAAGAUAUUAAAAAAACAUUUUAUGCACAAUACGGUUUUAUAAACAUUCCAAAUGAACUAUAA